UGAAUGAAUUUUAUUUAUUUCGUUUCUUAACAAUGAUGAUAUUGAUUUAUCUUACAUUUGCUAUUUUAUAAGUAGCACAACGUUUUUCAACGAUUUAUUUAAUGAUACUUGUUAAAUUUUCUUAAUGAUUCGAAAUAAUAAAUGAAUGUAUUUUAAAGAAAUCUUUUUUAUACCAAUAUCUGUCCAUAUCAAAUUCUCAUAACAUAUAAAAUUUUCGGUAAUUAUUUACGAAAAAUCCAUCAGGUAAUUCUCAAAUAAUAUUGUGAAGAUUUUACUUAAUUCAUCAUAUUAAAAAGUUAUUAAACAAAAACGUUUCCUUCUUCGAAAUAAUUGUAGAUCAAAAUAGUUUAUUACUACGGACAAUUGAUGGCUACGAUUAAGAAAUUGCCAAUGCAAAUUAAAUCGGCUAUUUAGCUCGUCAGUUAUGAUUAGCUAAAUAAGUUUUUUAUUUAAUUUUGAUUUACGGUGAAAUCAAACUUAGAAUUAACGUAGAUUAAUUGAUAUCAAACAAAAAUUUAUUUAAUUUUAUGGUUUAUUAUUGGGUUUGGAUUAGGCUAGUAACUUUUUAAUGAACAAUGCCAUAUUAAAUUUUUAUAAACUAUUCAAUGUAAUAAUCUUGACGACAUAUUAAAAAAUUCAUGGAGAUCGAGAAAUACAUUUUUGUAAAUAUUUACCAAUUUUUUUUUAUUUUUAAUAUAAAUUAAUAAUAAAAAAUAAAAUAUUUAUUAUAUAUUAACACUGUGAUAUUAAUUCUUGGAUGAUAGAUGAUCUUAUUUCGGAUUCUUUGCAAUCCAUGCUACGUUGUAUUAGUAUCUUUAGCAAUAAUGAUUUUACUAGUAAAAUUGUAUGUUAACAAAAUUUUGAUUAAAAAUAAUUAUGUGCUUUUUUUAAUGAUCAAGAUUCUCAUCAAUUUUCAUAAAACCUAAAUUUAUUCAAACAUUUAAUUUAAAUAAUCUUUACAAACGAGGUUCGUUCAAUUCGAUCGCCCUUUUAUCUCGUUAUUAUGCCAUUCAACAAACUUAAUAAAUACACUUAAUUAAAUAUACUUCCUGUUUGCUCUUCCUUAACCACCAUUUAAUCGUUUGAGUGUUAUCGAUUUUCUAUUCCCUUGUGUUUUUUUAAAUAGAUUUUAUAAAUAUUUUAUACAUCCAUAUCGUAUAUAAAUUUAUAAAUGAGAAAAAUUUUUAAAUUUAAAAAUUAUCAAUUUGUACAUUUUUUAUUUCUUUAUUUUUUUUAUUAUUAUUAUUUUUUUUUUAUAUAUUGUAAGAUUUAUAAAUUCUUCUAAAAAUUUAAAUUAUUUUAUUUCUAAUCUUUUCAAUCUUUAAAUUUUCCAACUUUUUUUUUUCUUUUAUUUUUUACUUUAACAAAUUCUUCAUUCGAUCAUCUUUAAUUUUAAUACCGAUAUAAUUUAUAAAUUUGUUUGUUUAUAAACAACAACAAAUAAAUUUUUACUAUGUAAUAUAUAGAUAAUACGAAACAAUUUUGAAUAUUUGGUAUAGAUAAAAGAAAAUUAUGAUUUUAUAAGAACUCAUAAUUUUGUUCAUUUAUAUGUGAACAUCAUCUUAUAUAUUCAUUUUGAAAUAACAAUAACUUCACAAUAGUACAAUCAUAAGACUAAAUGAAAAAAUAUUACAUAAUAUACAUGAAAAAAAUACAUUAAAAUUGACAUAAAAAUAAAUUUAAUAAAUAAAGUAAAAAUUAAAACUUCAAAAACUUAAAUCUUCAAAAAUUAAUUCCACGUAAAUUACUAAUUUUUCUAUAAAUAAUAAUUAGAAUCAACAAAAUAUUCAUCCAUUCAACGUUCUCGUUCCUAACCUCAACCCUUAUUCACUUAACCUAACCUAAAAAUUCUAAUCGCAUAUCAAUAUCGCAUCUCCUCUCUCUUUCUUCCAUCUCCCGUUUCACAUAUUAAUAAUAAUACUUUCCUCAUUUCAAACCGAAAAAAAAACUCAACGUAACAGCGAUCAACUCCUCUCCUCUUCGCUCUGUUCCGCGGCAACCGAUCGCCGCGGCAGUACUGUGUUGGUUAGCCACCGGUGUAGGUGUAUAUACGCAUCGUAGGUGUACAACUUCGCGGUCUGCCACGGCGACGUACUGUUCUUGGCACAGUUUCUGACCAUCUCCUAUUGCGAGCGGAUCGCGCUGGACCUAAUAUCACUGCGCCUCGCGCCACCCAAAUUUCUGUGAGGCCCCUCUGAAAUCUCUCUUCCGGUUGUCUAACAUUUGGAAUCCGCGCACCCCAUAGCCUAGAGGCGACAUCUUCGAUCUUUCGAAGUCAACGAUUUUCCUUUGAAAAAUGCAACUCACGACGUGUUGCAAAUGUUAUUCAUUAAAAACGGGGACUUUGUUCACUGGAAUAUUGGGUAUAGUCUUAUCAAUUAUCUCAUUGAUCUUAAUCUUUACUUUAAAUGUCGAAUGGAAAACAAUAUUGAUCGACAUUGUAGAUCAGAGCAUCGUCAGGAUCAUUUUUGCGAUAAAUUUAUGCAUGACGAUUCUGAUUUCAACAUUGCUUAUAGUUGGCGCUCUUAAGAAAAAAACAUUUUUAAUGCUACCAUGGGUAGUUUUGGGUUUAAUCUUAGCAGUUGGAUUAUUGGUGAGCGUCCUGUAUACGUCCAUCAUGUUCUUCAUAUAUCAUGACGUAAUAAUUGGAAUUCUGUGGCUCAUCAUUGGCCUCCUAACCAUUGUAAUCUAUGUAUAUUUGUGGUUGGUAGUAUACAGUUAUUUCCAACAAUUAAGGUAUGACAAAAUGAACAGCCGAAUCGACCCAUAUGGAAGACCUUAUAAUUAUCGAAGACCUUAAAAACAAAUCGAUAAUUUCACAAAGGAGAAAAUGAUCGAGAUUUUUUCUUUUCGCAAAAUAAUUAGACUAUUUUUUCUUUUGAAUAAAAAAUCGAAAAAAAAAAACUAAAUUAUAUGAAAGAAUGGUCUAAUUACUUUGGGAGAAAUUAUAUACUUAAUGAUCAAUUAGCACAAUCGCACCAAAGCAUGAGACAACGCCUUUCGUCGAUAAAGAAUUUAUCGAAAACCGCAGAAUCAUAUUUGUAAAAUAAGAUUAAUAGUCAUGAGUAGAUUAGAAUAUAUUUAUGGCACCAAGUUGCUCCCUCGAAUGAUAUUCGAUAUUUUUUAUAUAUUUAUUUUUAAUAAUUUUUUUUGUAUAAAAAGUUGAAACUUUAUAUUACAUACAUAUAUUUUGUAAAUAUAUUUUGUAUUUUUAAAAUAAAAAUUAAAUUAUUAACGAAAUAUAUAAUACAUAAUCAAAAUGAAUCAUUCAUACAUUAAAAAAUAUCAAAAUUUUUACCAAUUCAUAUAGAUUAUAAAUAAAAUAAAACUUUAUUUAUAUUUUCACUGCUGGAAACAUAAAAUUUUAACCUCAUUUCAUGUUUACCAACCUUUAACGAUAAUUGUAAAGAAUGACAGCGAAAGACGAAGAGAGAUUGAGAAGUAUUAAAGAAAUUUAUUAUGAACUAUUGUAUCGUUGUGGAAUUAUUCGCUUCACUGAGUUCAAAGGAGACACUCGAUCAUAUAUCCGCGAUAAGAGCAUAUCACGAAUAAAUACCGUAUAUAAUACUGAACCGAAAAACGAGCAUCGUUCGAGGGUGUAAAAACACAAUUAUGAAACGCGUUUCAAAUGAAUCUACAAGAAAACAACGCGUUUUCUUUUCGAGAACGGACACUAUUGUCGGUUCGUUAUUACGAUAUCAAAAAGACGAGGCUGAUCCCUAGCGGGAUGAAAAUAGAUUCCAUUUUCAAGGAUAACGAAAAUAUUAAGCGUAUGUAAAAAUAUACGCGUUGCCACAUUGCAAGAACCAGUCUCCUACGCAAGGUUAACGACUGACUUUAUUUAUUUUUCCUGCUCCCCACUUUUAUUUCUCUUCUAUUCUUUCUACCGCGUAAUAUACCAUUUGUAAUUAUUGUUACGAACUAUGAGAAAUAAAUUAUUAUUUAUUUGUA